CCACUUCGUCUCUUGACACUUCCAUCUCCUCCUUGCACUUACCCUUCCAUCUUAUCACGACCUACGAUUUCGUGAAAGGCAAAAAAUCCGACAUUUUCUCCACCGCUGAGAGAACCUGACUAGCUAUCCCAUCAUGGACGACAUUAUGAUUGAAGACGAGAAGAAGCCGCUAGACGCUCUCGUUGGCGGGCAGGAGGAGGAUAGUCAGCCAGACCCGGACGAGACAAUGUUGCUGGACUCAGGAAUGGGAAGGGUUUGGCAGGUCAAGCUUCCGAGAUUUCUGUUGGAUUACUGGUCCUCCAUCGAUGCUGAAGGCGUCAACCUCGCUACCAUCCGUGUUUAUGACGCGAAGCCGCAUGAACCGCCCUUUAUGAUUGUCCAAAUUCCUUCAGACCUCUCAGACCCCAACUCCCCGCUCGAACAGUACGAGCUCGACAUGAUCAACCAAGACGUCCAAAACCAAAUCGUCAUUGCCGAACGACCCACCGUCCCUACCGUCACCACACCAACUUCCUCUCAAGGCUCGUCGUCGCAGACAAUCCCACCCGUCAAUUCGAGAGCUCGGACGACGAUCAUGACGGGGAAGAUUAAGCAUGAGUGUAAUCUGAGGCCGAGGUUGAGCGAGAGAUAUAGGAAGAGAGUCAAGGAGAGGACAAGAAUGGCGAUGAGUCCGGUGAAGCAGGUGAAGUAUCUGGACGAGAAGGGAAUGGGUGUUGGUGGGCAGGGUGGCAUUAACAGGCUUUCGAGCGGCGUUACCAGCACGGUUGGAUUCACGGAUCUUUCGAAACCCAAGCAAAAAGGUGUCAAGGGUCAAUUCGAGCGCAUGGCGCGUAUGCCACGGAACCAGCUUCUCGAUAUGCUCUUUGGGAUUUUCAGAGAGCGCGAAUUCUGGCCUAUCAAACUCCUCCGUGAAAGGCUCCAGCAGCCGGAAGUCUACCUCAAAGAGAUUCUUAAUGAUAUCGCCACGUUGCAUCGGAGCGGUGAACAUAAUGGUCACUGGGAACUGAAGCCUGGUUUCAAGGAUUCCGCUCUCAAGGGCGAAGUCUCCGCCGAGGCGAUGUCUCUUCUGCAACUCAGCGCGAAAGAAGAGGCCGAUCGAGACGCGGCAAUGGCUGGUAUGGAAGACGAUAAUGACGACGAGGACGAGGAGGAGGAUGAGGAUAUGGAGGAGGUCUCAUAGACUGUCGACUCUGUCUAUCACUCCGCACCCGGGCAACGUUCUCCUCCCACCUCUUCCUCCUUUCGUAUGUAUUGCAUCGUCUCGCACUAUUAAGAACUUUCUCGCGUACUGAACCCAAUCCGUGACCCUUUGGGGCUCGAAAGCUUCUCAAGGACUAACUAACCCUGUCUCGUCCCGUUCUGCCUCAUCUGUUUCCCUCUUCCCACCUUAUGUUUCAUGUCAGCUCGUACCCUCAACCCGCCCCCUCCUCAUGUCACCAUCUUAUUGUAUUUUUAUUCCCAUGCAUGUUUUCACUACCG